UUCACAUGUCUCUCCUCUGUAUAUAUACUACACUAAGAUGUACAUCUCUUACAACUCCAUGAGAAAUAAAACCAAUUCAAAGAGUUCGCCGGGAAAAACUAAAAGAACAUGACGACGAACAUAACACCUUCCAUAACCAUCUUUCUAAUCUUCCUCGGUUUACUUCGGAUCGAUUCAUUUCCCGGUUUAGAAACAGCGACCGGAACAGCAGCUUCGGUUCCAGCAGUAUACGUGUUAGGAGAUUCGUUGGUUGAUGCCGGAAACAAUAAUUACUUAGCAAUCUCUAUAUCCAAAGCUAAUUAUCCUCAUAACGGCGUCGAUUUUCCUGGCAGUAUAGCCACAGGAAGGUUCUGUAAUGGCAAAAACGCCGCUGAUGCCAUCGGAGCAUUGACUUGAGUGUUUUGGGGAAUUAAUAUAUAUUUUUGGGUUGAUUUAGCUGAGAAAUUUGGUCUACCGUUACCCCCUCCGUAUCUCUCACUGAAAGGCAUAUUUAAAGAGGAAGAGAGAAAAGCCGCCGCCUUGAGCGGUGUGAAUUUUGCUUCCGGCGGAGCUGGCAUCUUCAACGGUUCCGAUCAGCAAUUUGUAAGUUAUUCUCGUCCAUGACAAAAGAGUGAGACAAAGUAUUGAUUCCAUGGUCAGCUUUAGUUUGGGACCAAAAGUUGGGUGGUAGAUUUGAAACACAAAUAUUUCGUUCUUUUUAUAUUCACCUGGGAAUAAUCUAUUUUGUUAUAAGAUAAACUUUGAAAUGAUCUUCCACUCCUUUACCAACUUAAUCACU